AUGCCUCGUCUCAUAGAUAAAGAACCGAAUGCCCGCACGAAACCCAUGCGGAUACUAGGAGUCGGCCUCUGCAGAACAGGCACAAGCUCUAUGCGCAUUGCCCUCAACAAGCUUGGCUACACCCCUUACCAUGGAUCUGAAAGUUUCAAGAAUCCCCCUCGGGACUUCAACCUUUGGAUAGAGGCCAUGAGAUGUAAUUUUCUCGACGCUGAUAAAACCUCCCGAUACGGACGUGAGGAGUUCGAUCGCCUGAUGGGCUCAUAUGAUGCUUGUCUCGACGUUCCUGCUUGCCUUUUCUGGGAUGACUUUCAUCGCGCGUAUCCCGAUGCGAAGGUGAUAUUGACUACUCGGGAUGCAGAUUCCUGGUUGGAUUCUGUGAACGUGACAAUCCUGAAAUUCAUUCGAAUGCGAUUCUUUCAGCUUUGGCAAUAUGUGGAUAUAACCCGAAGUGGACCGUUGUUUCAGCAGUUGAAGUUGGUAUGGGAGGUGCUCUGCGAUGGUUCUUAUGAUCGAGAGAAAUGUCGACAGGCGUAUCUUGAACACAACCAGCGAAUAAGAGAUACUAUUCCUGCGUCGCAACUAUUGGAAUUUCGCCUGGGGGUUGAUGGAUGGGAAGAGCUGUGUCAAUUCUUGGAUCUCCCAGUUCCACGCGAACCAUGGCCAAAGGCGUAUCCGAAGGAGGCCUAUCAGGAACAUAUCAGUUUGGCCUUACAUCAAGCCAUAAGGCAAAUACUUCUGUCGCUCGGGUUACUCUCAGUCCUUGUCAUUGCUAUCCUAUUCGCGAAAUAA